GACGUGCACUGGCCUAAAGAAGCUAGAUCAUGGAUUACUCACAAUCAAAGGAAGAUUUAUAUAUAAUUCAUCUUCAUAGAGCAUAACAAGGAAAAUUAUUUUUUCAAAAUAAAAGGAGCUGAAUGCUUGGCAUGCCUUUUCUUCUUUUCGUAGUUGUAUCGAACAAAUUUUUAAGGUGUUAAAUUUCGAAUUCGAAAUUUCCUCCAUCAAUUUCUUGCAUGAUUUACUCCCAAGUCAAAUAUGGAAGUCCAACUUUCCACUUUUCAACACUAUCACCACGUUCAAUCUUGUGUCUAAAGAUACAAUUAACCGACUCCCAGAUAGGAAAGAAAAAAAAAGAAAAAAAAACCUUUCUAGCACCAGCUUGCCGCCGAUUCUAUGGGGCUGUAAUGAUUGAUUGUCACAAACCGUCACUCUAGCUUUGCUUUCUUCUCGGUAAUUUACUUCUGUGCGUAUAUAUUCUUAUUAACUCUUCGUUGGGAAUACUUCUGUAGACACCACGAUUCUCCUCCCUCUCCCUGUGUGUUUAUGUUAGAAGAGAAGAAAAAAAUUUAAACCGCCAUGGAAACUAUAUGUAAUGGCUCUAACAUUGGUUUUAUGCUACUGCCGGUUGUUGUUCUCGCUUUGCUUAUUGUCUACUUUAGUUCUCCCUUGAACCAGAAUAGUACCAAUACUGUGGGAUAUUUUUCUUCGUUUUCUACAUCAAAUACUGUCUAUACUAAAGCUAGCGAGCUUGUUUUUGAAAGCUCUCAACCCUCUCCUUCACAGCCACACCAGUUGCCAACGCAGAUAAAGAGAGGCAGAGAGAAGAUUGAAGAUGGCUUGGCUAGAGCAAGAGCAGCUAUUCUCGACGCGGCACGGAUGAGAAACUACACAUCAUACAAGGAAGGAACUUACAUUCCCAAAGGGGUCAUAUACAGAAAUCCUUACGCUUUUCAUCAGAGCCAUACAGAGAUGGAGAAGAGAUUCAAGAUAUGGGUUUACAAGGAAGGAGAGCGACCUCUUGUCCAUGGUGGACCCUUGAACAACAUCUACGGCGUUGAAGGUCAGUUUCUUGAUGAGAUGGAGCAUGGAAAGAGCCCCUUUGCUGCGAGUCACCCCGAUGAGGCACACAUGUUUCUCCUACCCAUAAGCGUGGCCUAUAUCAUCAGCUAUGUCUACAAGCCUCUUGUCACGUAUUCUCGCGAUCAACUGCAACGUUUGGUCCAAGAUUAUGUUAGUGUUGUAGCCGACAAGUACCAUUACUGGAAUAGAAGUAAAGGAGCUGAUCAUUUCUUGGUUUCUUGCCAUGACUGGGCACCGGAUAUUUCUGGAGCCAAUCCUGAUCUGUACAGGAACUUUAUAAGG